CGCCAGCCAUGGCCUCUGGGGCGGGCGGGAGCUGGGGUUGCUCCCCACCGCAGAGCGCAGUUCCGACGCCCUGGGUCACUGUCCUGCAGCCCCUCUGGUGGGCCGUACCACCUGCGCCCCCGCAGCCAGGCCGCGUGAAGGAAGACCUGCUGGAACUAAUGAUGCUGCAGAACGCGCAGAUGCACCAGCUGCUGCUAAGUCGCCUGGUGGCUGGAGCGCUGCAGCCCAGGCCGGCCUCGCCCUGCCCUCAGAUCUACCUGGAGGUUCCACAGGAAGAGCCUGAGGAGGAAGAGGAGGAGAUGGACGUACAGGAGAUAGGGCCUUUGGUGCUUCACCAUCACUACUUGCCCUAUUUGAUGCCGUCCCCGGGUACCCUGCUGCCCUGGCGGGCCCCCUUCUUCCCCGCUCCCGCCUGUCAGCCCCACUUGCGGGAUGUACCCAGGAUUCAGCACUGUCCUCCUGCCUCCAGGGAAAGGGAGACUACUGUGAUGCCGAGAGCCUCCUAUGAGGACAGACGCUGGCCCUGGGACCUGCACCAGCUUUGUGCUCUGGAUACAGCCCCGGAGCCCCCUCCCGCACCUCUCUUGUCGGCUCCUCUGUGCCCAUGGCUGGCGGUCCUUCUCACUCCCUCAACCUCAGCCAGGCCCUCUUCUCCUGGGGAAAUCAGUCCCUGCCCCACCCCAAUGAGUCCCUGGACGGGUCGGAUCUAUGCUGUGGUGUAA